AUGGGAGGCAUGCGCCUGGCCUACCGUGGGGCUGUCGGGCACGGCGCCGUGCUGCCGCAGUGGAGGGCGAUGGAUAUCGACGAGACGUGCUGCAAGGUCUUCUCGCAAAUGUUCGGCGCCGACUACGUGAGGGACAUAAAGGGGACUCGGCGCUGGGAGUAUGCCCCAGGCCAAGACGAGGUCUGGCAAGUCUCGAUCGAUCGAAUGCCCCCAGAGGCGUUCGAGGGCGCGGACCUGUGGCUGAUGAGCCCGCCAUGCCAACCGUUCACAAAGACAGGCAAACGCGGGGACGACAAAGACCCCCGCUCCGCUUCCCUUCUGCACAUGUUGGAGGUGCUGCCACUGCUUAAGCACCCGCCGCGGGCGCUGCUGCUCGAGAACGUGCCGCCGUUCUUUGGUUCCAAGACUCACGAGUUGACGAAGAAGGCGCUGAGACGGUGCGGUGCCGCCUCUGACACACGCUACGAAGUUGAGGAGGUUGUCUUGGACCCCGUCACCUUUGGCUUCCCGAACACUCGCAAGCGCUUCUACCUUUCGGCAGUAGUGGCUGGCGAGGGCAGCGGAGGCGCUGGCGGCGCUGCACAGGUGCCCCUGCCGGGUUUCGACGGCCCCCCGGAGCCGCUGAGACCCGUGCGCGACUUCUGCGGCCCUGGCGCUGAUCGGCUGCCAGUGCCAGUGCAGCUGCUUCAGAAGUCCCUGAAGUCAACAUCGACGGUGGAUGUGGCCACCGGGAGCUCCGUUGUGACCAAGACCUUCACCAGCAAUUACGGCAAGCGCGACUUCGGCCUGAGGGGCCUCAGCACAACUGGACCAGUGCUCCUGACGGAGGAGGACGGCCUCACUCCCGCGGAGCACGUGCUGGAGCGCUUCCCCACGCCGAGGGACAUAGGCGAGGGCCAGUUCUCGCGGCUGCGCUACUUUGCGCCCAGGGAGGUGAUGGCGCUGCAGGGCUUCCCGCCGGACGUGGACCUGCCGCACGAGCUGGGCGUGCUGCACCAGUGGCGCCUCAUCGGCAACUCCAUCAACGUGGCCGUCGUGCAGCGCCUCCUGGAGCGCCUGCUCGCGCGCAUGUGA